CUAUCGAUUGAGGUGAAAAUCAAUUACAAGCAAAAGUUUCCAAAUAAUAAAAAAGUAUGUUUUAAGCACGAAUUUGUUAUGUAUUGAAGAAAUUUGCGCUUUGUUUAUAUUUUAUUUCUAUUAAAUAUCGAUGUUUUUUUGAGUUAAACCAAUUUAUUCAUCAUUAAAUAACACACAGAGCUAAAGAUAUAAAAAAACGUAAUAAGUAUAAAAAUGUCAAAAAAAAUUAUCCAACCUCGUCUUAAUAAAGAAAUUAUCGAAAUUAAAUCAAAGUUUGAUGCGGAGUUUCGACGCUGGUCAAUGAAACGCUUAGAAACAAAGAGCUUCGAUGAUUUCUAUAAAAUGAUCGAACUUUUACAUGAUGCAAAAGACAUUGAAUUACUAAUAUCAUAUAUUGAUCCACGUGAUAAUGACCUAUUACCAAUAAACAAUGAUGAUAAUUUUGUACGAGCACUCUCAACUGCCAGACCUCUACUUCGUCUCAUAAUACAAAGAAAAGGCGAUAGCUUAGAAGAAAUCACUGGUUAUGGAACAAUGAAAACACGGACAAAUAUUAUCAGUAGCAUUUUGGGACAAACACCUGCCAAAUCGAAGACAUUGGCUAUUUCAAAUCCUCAUGAUUUUCGACAAGUUUCAGCUAUUAUAGAUGUUGACCAAGUGCCUGAAACUUGUAGACGUGUUAAGCUUUUAAAGCACGGCAGUGAUAAACCACUUGGAUUUUAUAUUCGUGAUGGUACGUCAUUUCGUGUGACCGCAAAUGGACUCGAAAAACAACCAGGAAUAUUUAUAUCACGUUUGGUGCCUGGUGGUUUGGCAGAAGGAACAGGCCUUUUAGCAGUAAAUGAUGAAGUGCUUGAAGUGAAUGGAAUCGAAGUAGCUGGCAAAUCACUCGAUCAGGUAAAAAAAACUAACUCACAGAAACAGAUAGAGGUUUUAUCAACUUGGUCUUUGUGUUCAAGAAAUUCGCAAAUUGUAGUGUAAUGUUUUAGAAUAAUAAGUAGAAAACACUUCUUUCGAAGUCCUCACUGUGACGCAAUACUGUAAAUCUGAAUUUUUUUUGAUAUAUUGGGUGAACCAAUAAGUCUUUGCUAUGACUACCAAAUCGCAUCACGAAUAGAAAAAUCUCUUUAUUUUUUAAAAGUACCAUCUGUCUCUAGACUACUGAAAAAAUUCCAGACGAAUUCAUUCACAGACCUAUAAGUUACGGCGUUUCAAAGAGACCAUUGUUCAGUGACGCGUUCGUUCAUAUACAUACAAAAUGUUAAUAUUGCGUCGCCUCUUUCACCCAAAAAGUGCACAAUACAAGAUAUGAAAGGAUUAAAGAGGAUGAACACAAUUGAAAAUUCCAUAAAUAAAAUCGAAAUGCAGACAAGACACAAAUUAUGUUCUACAA